GGCUGACUUGGCUACUCCGACCCCAGAGUGUCCUUGGCAGCGACCGCUUUUCCUCCUUUCGGGUUCACUUCGCUGCCCCCCAGCGGUGGCGGCUGACGGGCUCCGAGCACCUCCAGCCAGGCCGAUAGUGUCAAUUUCUGACAGCGGCCGCACAUGGGGUGCUCUGGCUCGGCCAGGUGAAUGAGAGGGUUAAACCUACCGAGAACGUUCGGGCUAGUGCUUGAGCGGCUAGAGCGGCAGGUGCUUGUGGACCUUUCCGUUUCCGGCUCUGGACUCCUAGGCCCCGAGUGUUCCCAGCUGUGACUGUGCUUGUAAGCUGAGUAGUUGGCAUCUAGGAGACGGGGCACUCUUCACCCGCGAUGGGGUCGGAGGCUCCAGAAGUGGCGAAGGAGAACCCGUACGGGGUGGAGUGGCAGAGGAACGGGACAUCAUGGUCCUUGGGAGUCCCCAGGUCGCCCCUGGAUUGCAAGGUGGUUCCACCUCAGCGGCCCUUCCUGGUGUGGCCCGAGCAGCCGGCUGCCCAGGAAAUAAUGCUGGGCCUGCAAUACCUAGGUAGGUCAGGCUCUGGCCCUGGAAGGAAAGAAACCCCUGCCAAGACUAACUGUCUUGCAGUCCCCAAAACCUUCGAGUGCCGUAAGUGUGGACUGACCUCAGCCUGCCUCCCUGACCUCAUUCACCACCAAAGCAGCCACGCAGGUGACAAGUCUUACAGCUGUCCGGAGUGUGGCAAAAGCUUCCGACGUGGCUCAGAUCUGGUUAAGCACCACCGGGUACACACUGGUGAAAAACCGUACCCUUGUCCCGAGUGUGGCCGUUGCUUCAGCCUCAGCUCUAACCUCAUCCAACACCGUCGCUCCCAUUCAGGCCUCCGGCCCCACAAGUGCCUGGAGUGCGGGGAGGCCUUUGGCCGCAGCUCGGACCUAGUUAAACACCAACGGGUUCACACGGGUGAGAAGCCCUACACAUGUGCUGAGUGUGGUAAGACUUUCAGCGUUAGCUCCAACCUGAUCCAACAUCAGCGCACGCACACCGGUGAAAAGCCCUACCGCUGUGGGGACUGCGGCAAGAGCUUCAGCCUUAGCUCCAACCUGUUGCAGCACCAGCGCUCACACACGGGUGAGAAGCCCUACCACUGUGCCUGGUGUGGUGACAGCUUUGGGCGCAGCUCGUAUCUGCUCAAGCACCAGCGUUCACACACUGGUGAGAAGCCCUACAAUUGCUCUGAGUGUGGCAAGAACUUCACCAACAGCUCGGACUGUCUACGGCACCAACGCACCCACAAUGGAGAGCGGCCCUUCAAGUGUCAAUGCGGCCGUGGCUUUAGUGAGCGCACUUAGUUCACUGAGCACCAGCGCAUCCACUUGGGUGAACGACCCUAUGCCUGUUCAGAAUGUGGCAAAAGCUUUUACUACAGCUCAAAGCUCUUUAAACACCAACGAUCACAAACGGGUGAGAAGCCCUACAAGUGCCCUGACUGCAGCAAGAGUUUUGUGGACAGUUCGAAUCUGCUGCAGCACCAGCAUGUUCACGUGGGCCAGAAACCUUAUGCUUGCAGUGAGUGUGACACGGGUGAGAAGCCCUACAAGUGCCCUGACUGCAGCAAGAGUUUCGUGGACAGUUCAAAUCUGCUGCAGCACCAGCAUGUUCACGUGGGCCAGAAACCUUAUGCUUGCAGUGAGUGUGAUAAGAGCUUCAGCCAGAGCUCCCACCUGCUCGUUCACCAGGUGGCCCACAGCGGUGAGAAGCCAUUUGUCUGCCUGCAGUGUGGCAAGGCCUUUGCCCGCAGCUCCAACCUGGGCCAGCACCAGUGGACACACCAGGGCGGCAGCCUCUGCAAAUAUCCCUGGCUUCAGUUUUAGCCUAAACUUCAGUUCUGACUUUGGUCCAGUUUUCAGAGAGCCUGAAGGGACCACGUCUCAAAACUGACCCCCUUUCUGCUCCUCUAGGGCUAUUGAUUUGAGGGCUGAUGAUGGGAUUUGGGAGGGCCUCCACAUCCUUUCCCAGAUCUUCUGGGCUGAGUCAGGGAACCCAAGGCUGGAAGAAUUAGAACACUAGAGCUGUGAGCACUACCUCCAAGCAGUUGUCCCAGAUAAUAGGGCUUCAGCCUGUUCUCUGAGGCUACAGAGACAGUAACGACUGCCAGCUGGAGGGAGAGUUUUUGGUUUUUUUUGUUUGUUUGUUUUUGUUUUUUAAAA